AUGCCUUCGCUGAACCCAGAUGCCUCCCGCAAGGGCAUCGUCAGCGCCGUCCGACAGCAUCGGGUUGUUGUUCUUGUGGGAGAGACUGGAAGUGGAAAGACCACGCAGGUGCCUCGCUUUCUCUACGAAGCCGCCGUCAAUGGAAGAUCGGAGAAUCAACGAACCAUUGCCAUCACGCAACCUCGGCGAAUCGCAGCGAUCAGCGUUGCCAACCAUGUGGCGUCGGAAAUGGGCUGCCAAAUUGGAGGCGGGGAUGGCUUGAGUCGAUACAUUGUGUCUCAGUGUGGUUGCCAGCGCAGUAUAGACACAGACGUUCUACUGGGUCUGGUGAAGCUGAGUAUGAUGAGACUUCCGGGCGCUUUGCUCGAGGUCGUGGUCAUGUCCGCCACAAUCCACGCUGCCCCCUUUGUGAACUUCUUUGGUGGACCAGAAAAGGUGCACUUGCUCCAGGUCCCGGGACGUCAGCAUGCCGUGCAGCUGUACUACACGCCUUCGCCUGAGCCUGACGUCUUGGAGGCUGCGAUGUUGGCAGUUCUUCAAUUGCAUGUCACUCGCCCUCUUGGUGACAUCCUGGUGUUCCUGCCCGGUCAAGAGGAGAUCGACGGCCUUCAGCGGCUCCUUGAGGAGAAGCAGGAGAUUUUGGCAAAGCAGAGGCAAGAUCAUCCAGAAAAGGGUGUUCUGGAACGAACAGGCAGGUGGCCAGCCGGUUGCUGUCAGUUCGCGCGAUUGGCCAACAUUCGAGAACGUCAGCCGACACGCCUUUCCAGGAGGAUGCAGGAUGGUCACUCGUUCGUGCAACGAAUGAUUUCUUGCCAGGUGCCGAACAUGGUCAUCAGGCCAAUCUACGCAGCGCUGCCCUUCGAGCAACAGGCAUUUCAGACAACGCCUCGUGCCUUGGUGUUCGAAGCGACUCCGCCUGGGUACCGAAAGGUAGUGCUGGCCACGAACAUUGCGGAGACCUCGAUCACCAUCCCGGGCAUCCGCUUUGUCGUGGACACUGGCAUCAUGAAGCUGAAGAUGUGUCACCCCCAGACCGGCAUCGAUAUGCUGAGGACGGUCGAGACAUCACAGGCGUCAGCCAUUCAGAGGGCGGGCCGGGCAGGUCGAGAGGCCCCUGGGGAGGUGUUCCGCCUCUACGUUGAGUCGGACUACCAGAAGAUGCCGGUGCAAACGCCAGCGGAGAUCCUGCGCCUGGAGAUGGCCUCGGUCUACAUCAACUUGAAGGCUCUUGGAAUCUCGAAGAUCGCCAGCUUUCCACUGGUCGACCGGCCACCCCGAGAAGCCAUAGAGAAGGCAGCCCAUUUCCUCUGUCGGAUCGGAGCUCUUGACACGAGAGAUGCCGGCAUCGUUGCAAUGCUGUCGGCAGACGCGCCAAUCUUCACCACCUCCGGGAAGCGAGGCAGUGCCCAGCAGGCAAAGCCGUACCAGCACCAGGAUGGGGAUCACCUUUCACUUCUCUCAGCUUUCCGAAAUUGGCGAAAGCAGAAGAAGCCGAAGGCCUAUGCCGCCGAAAACGGCCUCAGCCACUCGGCAUUGGAGAAGGCGGAGAACAUUCGGAAGCAGCUGAAGGAAAGGCCCAAGAACUGGGCUGUGGUGCGAAGAUGCCUUCUGAAGGGCCUGUUCCUUCAAACGGCACAGCGAGACGAGGUGAACCAGAAUUUGUACAGAACCUUGCUUUCCAGACAGGAGGCCAAGCUCCAUCCUUCCAGCGUUCUUCACCGUCGUCAGCCGCCACCGUCACCUGGGCCUGUCAAGAUGCUCUUGUCCUGUGUUGUCUAUUCCGACCUGGUGGUGACCAGCAAGACCUACUUGCGAACCGUCACGGAGGCUGCCUUGAUUUCCUGA